AUGGUUGGGACGGCCGCUAGUUCUGGCUUCCGGAAGGCGAAUCCCGAUUACGAACGGCAGCUCACGGACGCUCAUUCGCGUCAGUCAUCGCGGAUUAAACAGGGGUGUAUGGUUAGGGUCAUGGGUGAUAGUACUGUCAAUCAGCCCACGGCCAUUUUGUUAUUUGGAACUGACGAUCACACCAUGCUUGGUAUCUACGCAUUGGUCCUGGUGACUCAGGGGAUCCACGGUGAUAUGAAGUAA